AGUGGGCUGUGACGUCGGCAAGUGGAAGGCCGGCGCCGUGGUAAUUCCCCACCAGAAGGACAUCGCUCAGAACCGUUGAGUGUGGCAGCACGCCAUUCCACCAACACUCUAGUAGUAGCUUCGGGCGGCAGUAGAUACAGACUUGAGGCGAACGGGCCGCGGCUGGGCAAUGGAUGACACGUGGAAACUCAUCAUCAUUAUGCACUUGCUGGCGGCCGUCUCAGGUGCCCCAGUCGACGAGCACGUCCUUGAGGCAGCACCAGAACCGACCAGCCCUCCGGGUGACGCCGGCUGCCCACGCAUCGUGAGCCGCGCAGAGUGGGGCGCCCGUGAGCCGACGGCGCCCCCAGACAACAUGACUGCCAGCGCCGUCCCGUACGUGGUGGCGCACCACGGCGGCGCCAGCCGCGGCUACUGCUACGACCAGGAUGGGUGCGCAGCCAUCGUGCGCUCCUACCAAGACCUGCACAUGGACACCAACGGCUGGGACGACAUCGGAUACAGCUUCGUCGUCGGAGAAGACGGAAACGCCUACGAGGGCCGAGGCUGGGACGCCAAGGGAGCGCACGCCCCCGGUUACAAUCAGCAGAGCAUCGGCAUCUGCAUCGUUGGGGAGUUUUCAGAGCGCCUGCCCAACGACGCCGCCCUGCAGGCGCUGCAGCAGCUGAUGUGGUGCGGCGUGGCGCUGGGCGAGCUGCGGCCCGGCUUCGAGGUGCUGGGCCACCGCCAGGCCAGGAACACCACGUGUCCGGGGGACGCGCUGUACGGCUGGCUGCAGCGGCUCCACAACUGGACGGCCGACCCUCAGCCCUGCGUCGACGGCGAGUGUCCGGCCGCAGCCAGCCGCGGGUCGGCGUGACUUCCACGCACGCUGCAGCUGCGGAAUGGCGACGAUGUGCUGCCGCCUGCAAAGACUUUCCCUUAACGGGGAACUGGGACUACCUCAUUCUUAGCAUGCGAAUUAUGUAAAUACUCAUUCUAUUUAAUUCACAAACGCGUUUAGGCACAUUUGCCCCAUCGUCAGAUUCUGCAACAAGCAAACAUAUUUCAAGUAAUAAUUAUUAGAAUGAAAGCGAGGCUUACCAAAUCUAUUACGAUUAUUAUCUUUUCUCUUGUACAGGCUGUUACAGCUUGAGCGCCUCCGAUGGGCAUCUGGGUAGGGGAGAACGAACAGCACCAAGCCUUACGUAUACGCAAUGUGGCAAGUGCAGAGGACGGGCAAUGGGGCCGCCUGGCGCACGUCCUCUAUGUACUAACUGCGUCUGUACGAGGGCGAGCCUACAUCACGGCCACCAGCACCCUGCGGGCCAGCGUCAGAGCACCCUGCUCUAACAUGUUACGUUCUGUAGGGGAAACUUUACAUUAUUCUUUAACUUGACAUCUGCAAAUGACAUGAUGUUGUGAGGUUCCUUGACGAGUUAAUAAAUCCAUUUAUCUAUAAGUAUAAUUUUGCAGCGCGAAAAAAAUGUUUAGCGACUGUAUUUUGCAAUUGCUUCCAGUUAAAUACGUACUUUUUAAAAGACAACAUAAUGUCGUUGGCACUAGAGGCUGUUUACAUCACAACUGCACUUUCGGCCUUAAGACCAUUAUCGAGUGGUACUGCAGAGGAUUUUGCUUCAACACGUGUCCAACUUUAAAAUCCUCCGGCAUGUACACACGUCAUCGUCAGAGCUGAGCCUUUUCACUCUAACAGCACAGACAGUAUUGAACGAGCGCGACAUCAUGUCGAUUACAUGAACUAUUGUCAGUGUUAAUAUCCUUUAGUCGAAUCGCAGUAAACUCAUAUUCGUAGACAGUGUUUAUGUGAGCUCAUCUGUAAAUGUAUUUUCUUGCUAACUGCCUGCGUUCAUCUGUAAGAGAAUUUGUUUGCUGAGAUUUUUGUGAAAGAUGUUAGCAUUGGCAAUGUUUUACGUAAUUUAUAUCAUUUCACGAUGUACAGAGCUUCGCACUCUAUCAAUGCUGCUGUAUUUUAACAGUCAAAAGACUCAGUUCUGACGAUGACGUAUUUUGAAACAGAAUCUUCUGCAGUACUAUUUGAUAACAGCCUUAAGGCUAAAAAAGUGCAAUUGUGGUAAGCAAGCUCUACAGUCACGGCGUACAUGAUGUUCUUUUAACUCCAAAUGAUUGAACACCUACAAUGCGAAGUUAAUGAGUUAAUUACGAGUCACCUAUACUCAUUUACUUUCUCAUCUGUUGUAUAAAUAUAUACAGAAAUAUGGUACAUUGCUUAGUUGCACCACACUCACAACUUCACGCAUUUUUAGUUCACAAAACAGAUUUUUGUGUUGCUGUUGUGUGCUUGGUCCUUGUUGAUGCCAAAUAAAAGUACCAACUGAUAAUGGCACAGAUGUGUCAAAACAUAUUCGGGCAUAAAAAUGAAUAGUUGUCUGCAUAGCAGGCCUACCUGAAUUGUCAUAAUUUAAACUGCAAAGACAGCUUCUGCCACAGCUUAAAAACUAAGCGAUCUGUCAUCCCACUUCUGUUCGGAAAACCUUGACACUGUGUACCACUGUUAAUGCACAGACUUGAUUAUACGAAAGGAAAGCUUGUUGUCUAUGUGUGCUCCCGUCAUAAGCUCGAAUUUGAUUAAUAGUUUCUUAAGAUUGACACAUUGAACAAAGCCAGCUGGCAGUGAACGGAAAUAUACAAAUGCGCUUCGCACCCAACAAAUCACGUAAAUGAUAAUGCAGAACCACUAACAAUGUUUUGUUUUACGCUCUAAACAAAAUUUUCGAGUUCUGAAUUUAGAUACUAUUAUCCCGCUCACUGUCACUAUCAUCAGUGUCAGAACUGUACCAAUAGGACUAAUAAUAUAUAAUAACUGAAAACUAUCAGUAUCUCUAAUGUUCAGAUGCGAUCGUUACCAGUCUUAUAAAAAGAAUUUACCAUUUCUGUCUCAUCUGACAUAUUUGUAAAAGUUAACUAAUGCUCAUCUGUCAAACGACUGUACCUAAACCUUAAGACUACAUUACACCGAUAUUUGUGAAAAUUAAAUACCUAGACGCUAAAGA